UAUAUCGCACCUGCCUGCUUGUUCAUACCUUUGCGUAUUUUUAUUUAAUAAUCGGGCAAUAUAAAUAUUAUGAGGUAGAAGGAUUUUAUAGCUAGAAUAUCAUAUUCUACUAAAUAUAAAAGUUUGGAGCCCGACGAGUUAAUUAUAGAAAUUAGCUUUUGAAUAAGCAGGUAGCUCCUGAGAAUAAGCAUAAAGCUCAUCUGAUUUGAGUAAAUAAUGGGACAGGUGUACGUUGGAGGAGAUUUGGGUGAAGUUAUAAAAUCCAGAAAGUAUCGGUAGGAGGAAAAAUUGGGGGCAGUAUGUCGAAUUCUCGAGGUGGUGGUGUACGUAGGGCUAUUCAAGGCCCAGAGUUUGAUCCUUCGUCUGAUGAGUCACAGUAUCCUGUGCCAGCGCAUGUACCAACAGAGGCACCUAGUCAGGAUUUCUUUCGGCAGUUUAUGGCCGCGAUGAUGCCUCAACAGAGGAGUUUCAUUGAUGCUGUGAUGCGGCAUAACCCACCAACAUAUUCUGGUUCAGUGGAGCCAGGAGUCCUUGAGUUUUGGGUUGAAAAGAUGGAAAAGAUAUUUCGUGUUGUUCAGGUUCCGCCAGAUCAACGAGUUAAUAUUGGAGCCUAUUUCUUGGAAGGCCGAGCAAAUCGGUGGUGGUUAGGUGAAGAAGCUGCAGGUGUAGACCAAGUGGAUAUGACUUGGGAUGAAUUUAAAGCAAAGUUAAAGGCUAGGUUUAUACCGUCGCAUAUUCGAAAAGCGAAGAAGCAAGAAUUGCUGGACUUAAAGCAGGGCUCGAUGUCAGUUGAGGAUUAUUUUGUGAAGUUUAAUGAGUUGGAGAUGUAUGUUCCUGACUACUUUUCCUGUGAGCGAGACAGAAUUGACCAUUUUGUAGACGGGUUGCAACACAGAAUUCAAGAAGCUUUAGCGGUGUUGGAUAUCAGUUCAUUGUAUGAGGCUUACGAGUGUGCUGCCCGAUUUUAUCAGAAGCAGGAAGUCAGACAAAAGGAGAGUGAGAAGGAAAUAGGUUAUCAACAUCAGGUUCGAGAUAAGGGAAAAGCUAAAGUGGAGGAUGAGCCCAAGGGUAAAAAGAAAUGGUGGCAAAUGUUCAGGUCUGGGCCAUCGUAUAAGGGGAUUUCGAUUAAUGAACCGAGUCAGGAGAGGUCUCAGCAAUCGGGGACUGUUUGUCGGCGUUGUGGAACAAGCCACCCAGGUACUCGUUGUGAUAAAGUUCCAUUGACAUGUUUUAAAUGUGGUGGUAGUGGUCACAUUGCCAGGUUAUGUCCAAGUGUGGUAACUGCAAGGGAGUUUCCAGAACCGAGGUUUAGGCCAUGGCAGCCGCCGUCUUCGCAGUCACAAGGGAGAGGAUUAGGAUCAUCUUGGCUAGGGGGACGAAGUCAGUCACGUUCGUCAUCUAGGCAGCCAGGCAGAGGACCUGACCAGCGUGGACGAAUAAAUGUUAUUACCCAAGCAGAAGCUGAUUAUCAUCCAGGUGAGGUUUUAACGGGUAGAUUUCUGGUUUGCGGUUUUCCUGCUCUUGUGUUAUUCGAUUCGGGUGCAACGUUCUCGUUCAUAUCUAAGCGUCUAGUUAGACGAUUGGGUCUGAAUUCAUCAGUAGAAGUGGUAGUGGAAGUUUUACUUCCAUCAGGAGAAGUGCUGGAAUGCCGAGAGCUUUAUAUGCAGAUUCCGGUUAGUAUUGAAGGGGUUGAUUUUGUUACUAACUUGUUGGGCAUCAAGCUAUCCGAGUUCGAUGUAAUAUUGGGGAUGGAUUGGUUAGUGGCAUAUCAAGCUCAAUUUGAUUGUCGAAAAAGAUCAAUUUCGCUGGUUGGAGCGAUGGGCGAACAGGUGGAUUAUGCAGGAUCUGCCAGACAACCUUCUAUGAAGGUAAUUUCAUCCCUAUCAUUUCAAUCAUUUAUUCGUAAGGGGUUUCCAGUAUAUCUGUGUGAGGUAAGAGAUUUGACGCAAGGGGAGCAGCGAUUGCAAGAUAUUCCUGUAGUCCGAAAUUUUCCUGAUGUAUUUCCUGAUGACAUUCCGGGUAUGCCACCAGCUCGUGAGGUGGAUUUACUAUUGAUAUUGUGCCGGGUGCUGAGCCAGUAUCAAGGGCUCCAUACCGGAUGGCACCUUUAGAACUAGC